AUGUCCGUCACCACCGGUGGAACGUUGUUCCACCUCCCUGGACUGGAAACCGCUGCCGUUAACCCCAUUGCCCAGCUGGCCGUACGGCCCCGGAUCCUUGCUGCCCCUGUGCCUGUCCUUCCUGACAGCCCCCUCUAUGGUCCAUCUCGCACUAGGUUUGCUACCUGGUCCACCACUGCCUGGGUCGACAUUGGAUCUACUCUGGAGCCCCUGGCCGACGAGAUUCCUCCUGCUGUUGGAGGUGGUCUAAGUGCCGACCAGAUCAAGGCCGUUGUUGAACUUAUCAAACGAGACAAGGCAUUUGGUUCUGCUGAACGGACUGCUGCCCGUCUCCGAAUCCUUCUUGCGGGAUUGCCCAUUGGUGACACUGAUGACACUGCCGCCAUGGUGCUCCCGGAUCUCCGGGACGAGUUCAGUGCUUACUUAUCUAUGGGGUCCAGUUCCACUGCCGGUGAUGACCUACGAGAGUUGGUCAAAGCCCGGUUGGUCCUGUCCAAUGCAAGUGACCGAGCGGUAGACUCCAGCGUCACUUUCCGCCCGGAGAAUAUCACGUUGGCGUUCAGUGACAGGAUCAGGACUUUCUCUUGGUUGUCCGUCCGGCUCCUGUCCGCUUCAUUUAUAACAGCCCAAUCGAACCUAUGCCUUAUCCAUUUCUUGACCCCCGAACGCGACCCACUGUCUGUCUUUGCUGACGGUGACCACCAAGCCCAGACGAUCCUCAUGGCCAACUCGACCAACAGCACUGCGCAGAUUGAAGCCACAAAGAACAGUCAGCUGUACUCCGGGGGUGCUCUGCAGCACUUCCGUCAUGUGUACGAAGCAUUCUGCAAUCUCCGGCUCCUUUUUGCAGUCA